AUGGGUAGACAUGAGUCAGCACUUCAGCUCUUCUCUCCAGAGGCUAAAACUCUGGCUCUGUCUGAGGGACCAAAAGUAGAGAAUGCUGACAUGAAUGUCAUAGAGCCUCCAGAAUACCCAAAGAAGUUAUCUGACAAAGAUAUGGCAGUCAUAAGGAUCCAGGCCUGGUGGCGGGGCACACUGGUACGGCGGGUGCUACUGCACGCAGCCCUCAGGGCCUGGAUCAUUCAGUGCUGGUGGCGGUUGAUACUGUCGAAGCUUCUGGAGAAGAGGCGGCGGGUGGCUCUGGAGUCCUUUUCCCGGGAGGAGAGGGCAGCAGUUACUCUGCAGUCCUGGGCCCGCAUGUGGUUCAUCCGUCGGCGCUAUUGCCAGGUGCUCAAUGCUACCCGCAUCAUCCAGGCCUACUGGAGGUGCCACUCCUGUGCUGCCCGGGGUCUCAUCAAGGGCCAGUACAGAGUCACUGCCAAUCAACUACAUCUCGAACUGGAGAUCUUGCUGGGCUCAGGGCCUUGCAUUGUAACAGAAUGUAUUCCCCUCCCAAUAAAGGAGUGAAGUGGUCUUUUC